UAUCAUUUUGAUAACAGAAUAUAUGUGAUUUUUAGUGAAAUUCGUAAUUGAUUGAUUGAUCAAAAUUGAUUUUCAUUUCAUAUUUAUGGCGGGAUAAUUAUGGUCAAAAUGAAUUCCAAUUUUCUCGAUCGUUGGGAACGUGAUGAUGCCGAUUCAUUAGCACCUUUAUCGACUAAUCAACAGAAAUUUAUCGAUAGAUUAAUCGAUUUAAUUAAGGAUAAUGAUGGCGAUAAACUUAAAACUGAUGAAUCGGAAAAGAACCGUACAUCAUUCGACAAUGUACAAGAUUUUUACAAAAGAUAUAACGAUCUAGAGAAUGAAAUUCAUAUUCAAAGUGAUGAACGAUUUAGAAAAAUUAACGAACAUCACCGAUUAUGUAUGCAGUUAACCGAAUUAGUUGGCGAAAUUUUAGCCAGCCUAAAUCGAUUGGAUGAAGAAUAUUCAUCAGUUAUUGAUAAAACAAAAUCAUUUUAUAGUUCCUGUGAUACAUUGCUACAGCAACAGCAAAAUUUACUUGUUGCUAUUGAAGCCAUCAAUGAAAAGCUAUCAUAUUUUGAAGAUUUAGAAACAAUGUCGAAAAAAUUCUCAUCACCAACAAUGUUAACAUUGAAUGAAUCAUUAAUACCAUUGUUACAUCGUCUUGAUGAAUGUAUUGAAUUUAUGUCGACCAAUAUUGAUAACUAUCUUGAAGCCAAUAAAUAUCUUAUCGAUUAUCGUCGAUUUCAAACAUCAGCAUUAAAUACAAUACGUACACAUGUUAUCAAUACAUUGAAACAAACGGAAACACAGGUGAUGCCUGAAAAUGAUACCGUAUUAACAUCGAAUGAAUCAGUUUUUACAUUGUAUUAUGGAAAAUUUCAGUUAAAUGCACAUCGUAUUAAAACAUUGAUGCAACAAAUUGAAAAUCGUACCAAACAAUCGGAAACAUUCAAUCAAUUUCUUAACGAUUGUCAUCAAUGUUAUUUUCAAAUUCGUGAUUCAUUAAUUACACCGGUGCUUACAUUGGCCAUGGAUGAAAUGAUUCAAACAUCUGGCCGUAAUUUUUGUUCAUUAAUACGAUCAUCGGCUAAACUUUAUACACAUAUUUGUCGUGAUGAAUAUCAGCUAUAUUUUCAAUUUUUCACUCAAGUUGAUCAUUCUUUAGGUGAAUUUCUUGAUCAACUUUGUAUGUCAUUAUAUGAUAAACUUCGACCGAUUAUUAUUCAUCUGGAACAUCUGGAAUCAUUAUCGGAAAUUUGUUCAUUAAUUAAAUUUGAAUUUAUUGAAGAGAAUUUACAUCAAGAUGAAUUAGAAUCAUUUGUUAAGGCGAUGCAACAAUUACUACAGGAUACACAGGAACGUCUUGUUUAUCGAUGUAAUGUUCAUGUUGAAAAGAAUAUUCUCAAUUAUUCACCGGCAAGUGGUGAUCUUGCAUAUCCAGAAAAAUUGGAAAUGAUGAAAUCAAUUUCGGAAACACUUGAAACAAAUAACGUCCAGAAUAAUACAAAUGAACAAGAACAAACGAGUAAAUCAUCUACAGGUGUAAUGAAACGUUCCGAUUCGGUUAGUUCGAUCAUAUCAUCCAUAUCAGAUAUAAGUUUUGUUCGUGGUUAUCAUCAUCCAUCUGAAUCAUCCAGAACUGUUUCAAGCCGUGCCAUUGUUGAUCUACAUGGUAUGUGGUAUCCAACAGUUCGAAGCUCAAUAAUGUGUCUCUCCAAAUUGUAUCGAUCUUUGGAUAAAUUGACAUUUCAAGGUCUUUCACAAGAAGUAUUACUUGCCUGUAUCGAAUCAUUAGAAUCGGCAUUAUUACAGAUUAAACAACGAAAAGGUCCAAUCGAUGGUUAUCUAUUUAUCAUUAAAUAUCUGUUAAUCAUUCGUGAACAAAUAACACCAUUUCAAAUUGAUACAUCAAUCAAAGAAGUGUAUUUAGAUUUUACACGAACUAAAACUGCCGUCAUUGAUCUUCUACAGAAACGCGAGAAUCUAUUUUCAUUAACAACGAAUAAUGCAUUAUUGAAAUUAAUAUUUGAAAGUUCUCCACAAGUUAGUGAAAAAGUUAUCGAUUCACAAAAAGCUGUUGAUAAUAAGAUUAAAGAAAAAUGUGAAGAAUUUAUUAUGUUCAGUUAUGAAUAUUUGACGGCCGACGUUCGUAAUUUUAUUGUGAAUACUAAAUUUGAUUUUACGGCUAAUCAACAACAACCUUCACCGACACCAUCGGAAAUACAGUUGGAACAGUUGAAAUUAAAACUACAGGAAUCAAUACAAUCAUAUCUUGAUCGGAAAGAAUCAUUAGCCAAAUCAAUGUCAUUAUAUCUGGCUAAUGUGGAAACUGAAGCCAUCAUUUUCAAACAAAUCAAUAAUAAAAUACAGGAAUUAUUCGAACAAUUAUCACGAAUAUUACAAUCAAAAUUUCCCACAUUUGAACGUUCGGAUCUACCUGGUUUAUUAACCGUUUAA